ACUUCCCAUUCGCAAUUUCGUCUCCUCGAGCGCAAUGCCUCCCUCGCGGCUCCCGACCUGUCGCCUAAUACCUCACACGCCACCGUCACGAUGCUGUAAUCCCAGCUCUCGACCUCCAACCCCACGGCAGUUCUCCCACAACUCCCAGCUCCUCCUCGUCGUAUCGCCUGCUUCCCCUCGGCCGCAGCUCCCGUUCCUAUACCCAUCCUCACGCCGUUUGCAUCCGCGGACUCGCAAUGGGCAGUGGCAAUUAAAUCGACUCCUUACCACUGAACGGAAGAAAUACAUAAAGGACACCGCGAAGCUAUCCGUCAAGUUCUCUAUCAUCUUUUUCGCAAUAUCGUCACUUGGUACUAUAGCUAGUUUAGCUAUUCUUUCAGAACAACAAGAACGCGCCUUUCCCUCUCCCCCAGAAUGGAGCUUAAUAACAAAAUACUACUUUCGCAAUGGACGGUGGGAGGAAGUCGCGGAAAACAAUCAGAGCGGUGUUCCAGAUUGGGUGAAGACGUACUUUCAAUUCAUGGGCGCUCUCGACAGGCUCGAAGAUACGAGCAAGGAUGGUGCUGGGCUGACUGAGCAGGAAGAGGGAGGCAUCAUUGUGCCUGGGGUUGGCAAAGCUGGAUUUGACAUCACUGGGAAAAGCGAGGAAUGGCGUCAGGGGUAUUAUGAGGUGUUAAUAGGCAUGGGACGCGCGGCGGAGCACAUUGAUGGCUGGGUAGUGGAAAAGACGACCAAAAGAGGCCAUAAACUUGCAUGGCCGCCGGAGCACAUAAAAACCGCAUCAAAUCCAAAACCUCGACCGCCACCUCCGCGUGCCCCUGACCCGCCACUAGAAGAGAACUGCGAGCUGAUAUCGAAACCUCCGGAAACAUACUACCUCAAAAUUCUCACGACACCAGGCUUCACAUCGCACCAACGGCUCACCGCUGCUCUUAGCUAUGCAGAUUGGUUAGCAUUCAAAGGUCUGAACGAAUCGGCCGAGGAAAUGUACCAAUGGGGCCUCGACAUCGCAUGUGCCGGCCUCCCCGAUCCCACAAACGUGGUCAACGGAAAGACAGGCGUCAUAUUCGCCUCCGCGCCAUCUGUAACACCCAACGUCGUGCUGGCCGCAACAACUAUGGCAACACACUACGCCACAACAGGCGACGUCGCCACCGCUCUUCCAAUCUUCCUCUCUGUUCUACGCGCACGACGCGCUGCCCCGCCUGCCCCAAUUGCGCCACCUCCGCCAGAAGUGGAGUCCUCAAUAUGGAACUCAAUCCGCCAGUUUGUAGAGACACCCUCUUACCCAGCACUUCCUCCCACAGGCGACGAACCACUCGUUCGCUCUCCGUCAGAUGUGUGCGAAGAAGCCACGCUCAUGAACUUCAUCAGUGAAAUCCUCUUCGCCACCGCAUCCUCCGACGCGCAGCGCUCAGCCGGCCUGAGUUGGGCGCGCGAGGCCGUGCAAACCGCCAAAUCGUACACUCCAUCCGAGCCUGUAGAUCAAAAGGCUCGUAGGAAGUGCAUGGAAUGCGAAGAGGCAGGGUUGGACAACUGGUCCAAGAUGAUGGGGCGAUUAGUGAAAGACGCAAAGGCGAAAGCCGAGAAAUCACCUGGGUGGAAGGGCUGGAUUGGCCUUGGCGGAAAAUCUGACGAGGUUGAGAAGUUGGAGUCGGAGGAGAAGGACGUGCUACGACGCCUAGAGAAAGUGAGUGAUCUCAUUAUGAAAGAGAAGUAUGAGGAGGCAGAUAGGGCUGCUGCGAGGAUGUUUGUGAUAUAGUAAUCUUUUGGGGAAACCUGGAAGGCAUAGCAUAGUGGGUUUGGGUGUAUAUCAGUUGUAGAGUAUACCAUCUAGCAUUCACAAGGUCACAAGAGUCAGACGGAUGUAUCGAUGUCAGAUAAUCUAUGGAAGACUCCUGACGGUGCGAAAACAUUAAAAUCAGCCUAUUUCCCAUGUCCUAAUCUAAGAGUCCCGUCAAUAACCAGCC